CACCUGUUGGAAGAUCGCGUUGGGGUCCCCUAUCGCCUUGGCACCCCUGGCAGUCUCUCUGGAGGAUCCCGAGACUGUCUAGAAGGGGGGUCACACCAGGAAAAAUCUAUGAUUAGUUCAGUGUGCGUGUCAUCCUACCGUGGGCGCAAGUCUGGGAACAAGCCACCCUCCAAAACAUGUCUGAAAGAGGAGAUGGCCAAGGGGGAGGACUCUGGGAAAAUCACCAUCAAUGUGGGGGGCACCAGACAUGAGACCUACAAGAGCACUCUGCGGACAUUGCCUGGAACUCGCCUGGCAUGGCUGGCGGACCCUGAGACCUCCAGCCACUCUGAAACUGACAGUCAGCAGAGUGAGUUCUUCUUUGAUAGACAUCCUGGAAUCUUCUCUUAUGUCCUCAAUUAUUACCGUACUGGGAAGCUGCAUUGCCCUGCAGACGUGUGUGGACCUCUUUUUGAGGAAGAGCUAGCUUUUUGGGGUAUAGAUGAGACAGAUGUGGAGCCCUGUUGCUGGAUGACAUAUCGACAACACCGGGAUGCAGAAGAAGCACUGGACAUCUUUGAGAAUGUGGAACCCGAGGAUGGAGACGAAGACAAAGACUCAACACCACAGCUACUGUGUAUGGAAGAAAGAACAGAGAGGUCCAAAGGCUGUUGGAGGCGUUGGCAGCCUCGGAUUUGGGCCCUCUUUGAAGACCCUUACUCAUCCAGGGCAGCUAGGUGUGUGGCCUUUGUUUCUCUCUUUUUUAUCCUGGCGUCCAUUACUACAUUUUGUUUGGAGACCCACGAAGCAUUUAAUAUUCACAGAAAUGUGACUGAGGUAGUGACAGAAGGAAAUAUUACUGAGACCAUUGUGGUGAGGGAAGUGGAGACAGAGCCAGUCCUCACGUACAUUGAAGGGGUAUGUGUCUUAUGGUUCACCUUGGAGUUCCUGGUCAGGAUUAUCUGCUGCCCAGACAAAUUGGUCUUUGUGAAGAACAUGCUCAACAUAAUAGACUUUGUGGCUAUACUACCAUUCUACCUUGAAGUGUGUCUCAGUGGGCUGUCCUCCAAGGCAGCUAGAGAUGUCCUGGGCUUUCUUAGGGUGGUACGUUUUGUCAGGAUUUUACGUAUAUUCAAGUUAACCAGACACUUUGUGGGACUGAGAGUUUUGGGACAUACUCUGAGAGCCAGUACUAAUGAAUUCCUUCUUCUCAUAAUUUUCCUGGCUUUGGGGGUUCUCAUAUUUGCCACCAUGAUUUAUUAUGCAGAGAGGAUAGGAGCAAACUCUGCAGAUCCUACUGGGAGCAAUCAUACCCACUUUAAGAAUAUUCCUAUAGGAUUUUGGUGGGCAGUGGUAACAAUGACCACUUUAGGGUAUGGAGACAUGUAUCCUCAGACCUGGUCUGGGAUGUUGGUUGGUGCCUUGUGUGCUCUAGCUGGGGUACUCACAAUUGCCAUGCCAGUUCCAGUAAUUGUGAAUAAUUUUGGCAUGUAUUACUCAUUGGCUAUGGCCAAACAAAAGCUUCCAAAGAAAAAGAAGAAACACGUCCCCAAACCCACCAUGACAGACACUCCAACUACUCUGAAAUCUGAGGAUAAUUCACCUAGAAACAGCACUCAAAGUGACACAUUCCCACUGGCUGCAGAGGAAGUAAUAGAGAGAAAGAGGUCAGAUUCAAAACAGAACGGUGAUGCCAAUGCAGUUAUGUCAGAUGAAGACCAUGGUGACCCGUCACAGUUUUUGCCACUAGAAGAAAAACGAAUUAUGAGACGUGCCAGUGCCAAAGAAAAGAAUAAGUCAGGAGCUACCUGCUUUCUGCUCAGUUCUGGGGAGUUUAUUUGUGCCUCAGAUGGAGGCAUUCGAAAAGGUAUGAGAGAUAUGGACAUUGAAAUGGACUCACAGAUCCUUCUAGGGUCUUCGUAAAAAUAAAUAAAAAAAUGAGCGUGACUGUGACCUAUAUGUAUGCUAUGUAUCAACUAACUUCAUAGUCUUCCCAUAGAAAACAUCUGAAAUCUGCAUAGGUGAAGUGUUAACAGUCUGUCUCUGUCACCUGUGUCAAAGGUCAAAUUGGCCGCUCUUGGUAGCAUCUUUAACUUCUGUCAAAAUUGCAACUCAAUAAAACCUCAGUAAAGUUCUGGA